GGGCUGCUGAAUGACUUGUCGCUGAGCCUGCUGUAGGACCGACGCACUUUCUGCGACCACACCGCGUCCUCUGGAUCCACCGCCGGCUGCUGGGGACGAGAGGGCGGCGAGGGGAGGAUCGACUAUGACAAGAUGUUCAAACUCAGUGAGAAGAUUUUGCUGCUGUGUGUUGGAGAAGCAGGAGACACAGUACAGUUUGCAGAAUACAUCCAGAAGAACGUUCAACUCUAUAAAAUGAGAAAUGGUUAUGAACUCAGUCCGGCAGCAGCAGCAAACUUCACACGAAAGAACCUUGCAGACUACCUUCGGAGCAGGACUCCGUAUCAUGUGAACCUGUUGCUGGCGGGCUACGAUGACACAGACGGCCCGGGUCUCUUCUACAUGGACUACCUGUCUUCCCAGGCCAAGGCCCCCUUCGCUGCCCACGGCUAUGGAGCCUUUCUCACUCUUUCCAUUCUUGACCGCUACUACAGACCAGACCUGACCCGAGAUGAGGCAGUGGAUCUGCUGAAGAAGUGUGUCGAAGAGCUGAACAAGCGCUUCAUCCUGAACCUCCCCUCCUUCACCGUCCGUUUGAUUGACAAGGAGGGCAUCCAUGACCUGGAGAAGCUCACCCUCGGCACCAAGUGACCGCUCACUGCUUAACUACCAAGCCCGACUCGCACAUUUCUGCUUCUUCUCUUUUUUUUCUCUUUGUAAUGUUGACCUCCUUGCUCGCUCUGUUCCAAUAAAAAGUGACACACAGUUGAGAUACAA